AUGCAGCGUAAACUGUUGCUGUACGCGCUAAUCUUCUUAACUGUGGCGUCUCAAAAAUGCUAUGUAGUCGAAAGUGUUGGGCCGCCCAGCGAUACAAUGGGCGCCAUAGCCGCGAACCGCUACAAUGCUGAGCACCAGCAUCAACAACAACAGCAGCACCAUCUGCAUGCAUCGGCACAUCAUCAAGGCAGCAUCGUCGGUGGUGGUGGUGGUGGCGGUGGUGGUGGUGGCGGCGGUAGUGGUGGUAGUAACAGUGGUGUGCCGGCGCCCGCUGUACCACCUUCCGCCACGCAUGCCCCAAACCAUCCAUCUCCCUCGGGCAGCGGCCACAUGGAGCCGCGCAAUUCAUAUAAUCUGUUAAGUGAAGCUAUGUCACAGGCUGUCAGCAAUGAAUUCAGUUCAUUGGGCAGUGGUUCUGCUGAUGGCGCUUGCCAUGCAGAUGAUCUGGAUUGCUAUAGUGGAAAUUUGCAAGAUCGUUUGGGUAUGGAGGCAAUACGUACGCUGCAUCGUCAACUCGACGAUGACGACAAUGGCAAUAUCGAUUUAAGUGAAUCGGACGACUUUUUACGCGAAGAACUCAAAUAUGAUUCUGGUUAUGAGAAACGUCAGAAAGCGUUCCAUUUCAAUGAUGAUAUGCAUAUAUCGGUGAAGGAAUUAUGGGAAGCAUGGCUACGUUCGGAGGUACAUAACUGGACUAUGGAACAAACGACAGACUGGUUAGCACAAUCAGUACAAUUGCCACAAUAUGUUGAGCUAUUCCGCUUGCACAAAGUAACUGGAGCAUCAUUGCCAAGGUUGGCAGUGAAUAAUAUGCACUAUGUGGGCAAUGUGCUGGGCAUAAAGGAUCCUAUUCAUAAGCAAAAAAUUGCGCUCAAGGCAAUGGAUGUUGUGCUUUUUGGGCCACCACGCGAAACGGGCACACGGUGGAAAGAUUACAUUUUAGUGACUCUAUUACUAAGUGCAAUUAUAGGUUGCUGGUACGCAUAUCAACAGAAUAAAAAUGCCAAGAGACAUCUGCGACGCAUGGCACAAGAUAUGGAGGGUCUGCAGCGUGCCGAACAAAGUUUACAAGAAAUGCAAAAGGAAUUGGAACGUGCACGCAUGGAGCAGGAGAAUGUCGCGACCGAAAAAAUGGAUUUGGAGCGUCGACUGAAAGAGGCUCCUUCACUUACAUCUUCCAGCUCUGAUUUGGAGGUGCAAAAGUUGAAGAAAGAAAUCGAAAUGUUACGUACUGAAUUGUCGCGCGCUGAAAUCGAAUUGGUGGACAACUGCUGGACGCCGCCACCGCAACUCCAAUCUUGGCUACAGUAUACCUACGAGUUGGAGAGCAAAAAUCAUCUUAAGAAACGCAUUUCAGCCGAGAAACAAUUGCAGUCAGCUCGUGAAGCAUGCGAAAAGUUACGCAAAAAGCGAUCAAGCUUAGUUGGUGCCUUCGUGUCGACGCAUGGCAAAAGUAUUGAUGAUGUUGAUCGUUCCAUAGUUGAGGCACGCAAUUCUCUCGGCGAAGUAACGAACGAGUUGCAGGAGCGCUUACAUCGUUGGAAACAAAUUGAGAAUUGUCUUGGUUUUAAUAUUGUCAAUAAUAAUGGGUUGCAGUAUCUGGAAAAUGUAUUGUACAGUCGUAAUGGCGGUAGCAGCGUUGGUUCGAACAAGGGAUCGCGAGGACGCAUAACUAGUAGCAGCGAUGACUUAGAUGAUGAGUCUGUGCAAGAACUUUUGUACAUUUAUCCAGGCAUGUUGGACAACUAUAGCCGCAGUUCGGUUGGUUUAAGCGGUGGCAAUAGUGGCAUCUUAAAUAACAGUUCGAAUGCAAUUUGUGAUGAUUCGUCGGGUAGUGAGGAUGCUAGUGAGGGACCACCAACGCAUGCCCCAGUGCAAUUUAUGUUAGGUGGCGCACCCACACCCUCAUUGAAGAACGCUAACACGUCCAUAUCUUCGGCAGCAAGUGUCGCGUCACGUGCUGGUGCUGCCGCUAGCCAUUCAUCAACAAUGGAUGCGACUACGCUUAAUCAUAUUGGAAGUAUUGGUAACUCAACGAAUGCUAUUGGAACGUCUGUACCGCCGACAUCUGUGUCGAAUGUCAAUACGCCAAUUGCAACUCCGCCGCCGUUACCACCGCACAAUAAUAUACACAAUUCGAGUUACUAUUUGAAUGAUAGCUUGGCUGGUGGUGAUGACAGUCGUUAUAGUCCAUCUUCAUCUGAACGCUCCAUACCGGUGCCGCCACGUUUGAAGAAGCACAAUUCGUCUAAUUUAGUUGUGUCACCAACGCCGACACCAGCAAUAACAACAAUAAUACCAUCUUCUGCACCUAAUCCACCACCACCGCCGCCACCGCCAUUGCCACCACAUCUCGCUGUGGUCGGUACUCUGAAUCGUGCACCACUUCCUCCACCUCGCAAAUCUACUCCGAGCCAACUUUUGCGAUCCCAAAGCACGGACCUGGUACCAAUGGAAAUCUACACGUACCUUAACAGACAACAGCAACAACUUAGCGCGAAAUCUAGCAACAACGGCGGCAGCAACAACGGUCUAUCCAUCACCGGACAGCAUCUCGUCGGCGGCGGCGGAAGUGGAAUUGGCGGAACCAACAAGAAGAUGGUCAAACAGCACAGCACGGCUAGCCAACAGUCCACAUCAUCUACAUCAUCGUCCGUCCAUUCAACCCCAUCCGCACCAGCGGCUCUCGGCGCAGACGGGCAUAGUGGCAACAGCGUCGGUGUUGUCGGCGGCAGCAGCGGCAAAGGGCAAUCUCCCGGACGUUGGUCAUCACAUGAGCGCUUCUUACCAAUCCAUCAACAGCACCAGCAGCAACACGAACAUCAACAGCUUAUAUGGCAGCCACUGCAGUCUGUGCAGCAACAACAGCAACUCCAGCACAACCAGUCAAUCAAUCAUGGACAACAACAACAGCAACAGUCAGCGCAGCAACAGCAGCAUCAUCAGCAUGCAAGAGAUGCGGAGUCGUUCAUGCAGCCCCAGCACGGUGCAACUACUGGAAAACCACCAGCAAUUGGCACAAUAUCCUCGCAAUACCAACAACAGCUGCCAGGCGCGCUUAGCUUGCAAUCGCUGUUGGGGCAGACACAGCAGCAUGGGAAUGCCACCGCCACCGCCACCAACGCCGCCACCACCACAUCUACGGCAACUAUUGCGUCGACACACAGUGAUACCCAAAUGGAGGACCAGCUGUUGCUCAACGCCGACAGCGCAAGUCUCGAUGGAGGCGGCACAAUCAAAAAGCGAAAGCGCCGAUUGCGCUUCCCCUUCGGUGGCGGGCAUCGUAAGACCGCCAGCAAUGCAAGCGCCAGUAGCGGCAAUGCCAGCGCCACUUCCAACAAACAUACAUAGCUCUCAUAGCGUUGGCUGUUUGACAACGUCCUCCAACGAUUCAGGAGUAGGAGAUGCGCAAGAAACGAUGAGAUUGAGUCGACGACAACAAAGCAA